UUAUCUCUAUAUUAAUAUAUAUAUAGCUACACAUGCACACAAUUCAUAUCACCAUGCACGUGCUCCCUCACUCUUCACCUUCUUCACUUCCCAUAAACCACACUCCAUUUUCUUUACCACCUUCAAGAACCACUUUCAACAUUUCCACCACCACAACAACAACCAUGACCAUCGACACCCUCCGUCGAUUCUUUCUCCCAUGUUUCACCCCAUCCACCCCUUCCACCACCACCAAACCAACCACCACAACCUCCACCAAGAAAAACCGCACCAGCACAAGCAACUCCCUCCCGGACAACCACCACCGCAACCAUCACACAAUCUCUCCUACCUCCUCCACCUCCUCCUCCGCCGCAACAACAAUCUCCACAACCGCCCCACCCCGCUCCUCCAAAUCAAUGGUAAUCGGAACCAUCUUCGGCAACCGCCGCGGCCACGUUUGGUUCUGCAUUCAACACGACCGUCUAACCCUAAAACCAUCUCUCCUCCUCGAACUCCCUUUCUCCACCAACAAUCUCGUCCGUGAAAUGCGCAACGGCCUCGUCCGUAUCGCUCUCGAAUGCUGCACUUCCACCGACAACCCCGCCUUCUCCAACUGCCCCCUCCGCUCCGUCCCUCUCUGGACCGCCUACUGUAACGGCCGUAAAACCGGUUUCUCCGCACGCCGCCGCGCCGGAGAUUGGGUCCGUAACAUUCUUUCAACCAUGCAGUGUGUCACCGUCGGUGCCGGUGUUAUACCUUCCGGAUUCGGGUCGGGUUCCGAGGAGCUUAUGUAUAUGCGUGCCAAUUUCGAACACGUUGUGGGAAACGUUGAUUCUGAGUCGUUUCAUCUUGUUAACCCGGACGAGUGUACCGGUCAAGAACUCAGUGUAUUCUUGCUCCGAUCCAGACUCGGGGUGAAUCGUUGAACUCAAUGAUGAUAAAUCUUGCAAAGAUUUCACUUUUUUUAUUUUUUAUUUUUUCAAUUAUGUAAUUUUUGAUAUAUUUUCUGGUACAGAUAGAUAACAGUAAAGUUUUACAGGAAAAGAUAAUCUUUUUUUUAUUCUUGAUUUUUAAUGUGUUGGGAUUUUCAAUUUUUUUGAGAAUUGUAGUGUUGUUGCCACGUGGGUUUCUUGUAAAGUUGAUGGGUUUUUCUAAAACUAAUCUCAUCACUAAUAUUAUUAUAUUCUUCUUCACUUUUGUAUAAUAUUGUAAUGUAACAUGGAUUAAAGAGACUAUAGUACGGUCUAUGAAUCUUAAUUUCUAGUGUGUCAAUCUUUUUGAGGACAAU